AUGGCUGCGCUCGAAAAGCAUUUCGUCCCGAAAGUCAAUGUCGUAGCCUGCAGACACACAUUCCGACAACGUGUUCAGCGUUCGGACGAGACGGCUACUCAGUACGUGGCUGCGCUAAGAGACUUGGCUGCAUCAUGUGAGUUUGGAGUGAUGGAGGGAUUCAUUCACAAAGUGCAAGUCAACAACAAAAUCAAACCAGUACGCCAGAAACUACGACGUCUACCGCUCAGCAUACGUAAGGAAGUGUCAGCUGAACUGACUCGACUACUGCAAGCAGGCAUCAUUGAAAGAGUGGAUGCUUCGGAGUGGGUGAGUCCUCUGGUUGUGGGAAGGAAACGCAGAGGGGGGCUACGCUUAUGUGUUGACCUGCGUGAACCAAAUAAAAGUGUCGUAAUGGACUGUUACCCACUUCCUCAUAUGGAGGACCUCUUUGCAGAACUGUCUGGUGCCACUCACUACAGCCAGAUCGACUUAAGCUCAGCAUACCACCAGUUACCUCUGCACCCGGAAAGUCGCAAACUAACUGCUUUCAUAACUCACGACGGCUUGUUCCAGUUCACACGUGUUCCAUUUGGUCUUGCAUCUGCACCAUCUGCUUUCCAAAAGAUGAUGGAGACCAUAUUAAAGGACUUGCCAGGUGUACAGAACUACUUGGAUGACAUUGUUGUCUAUGGAGCCUCAAAAGAAGAGCAUGACCGUCAUCUACAAGCAGUCCUCAAGCGCCUAAGUGAAGCUGGACUGCAGAUCAACUUCGGGAAAAGUGCAUUUGCCCAAACAGACAUUACUUUCCUUGGCCAUGUCAUUUCCAAAGACGGCUUACGCCCUAGUUUGGAUCAUCUCACUGCUAUCGCAGAAGCACCUCCACCGAAGGACAUGCCAGCACUACGCUCCUUCCUGGGACUGACUUCAUGGUUCAGCAAGUUUAUUCCUAACUAUGCUACACUAGUUGAACCCCUGCGCCAAAGACUCAAAACUAGUCCACAAGCUGAGUUGCACUGGGACAGGGAGGCAAAUGAAAGCUUUAUAAAACUGAAACAAAUGCUCCUUGAUAGUCCACCACUAGCCAUUUAUAACCCUAAACUGCCAACAGUAAUCACAACAGAUGCUUCUGACUAUGGCUUGGGGGCUGUUCUUUCCCAGUUCCAUUCAGACAAUACAGAAUGCAUAGUGGCGUUUGCAUCACGUACACUGACGCCCGCCGAAAGAAGAUACUCCACUACAGAAAAGGAAGCCCUUGCCUGUGUGUGGGCUGUCGAGAGAUGGAGAACAUAUGUCUGGGGGCGCAGAUUCACACUUCGAACAGACCAUCAGGCCCUGACUACACUUCUCAACACAAAAGGUAUGAACAGAGCAGGGAUGAGGAUUGCAAGAUGGUCAGCUAGGCUAAUGUGCUUUCAGUAUGACAUUGAGUACCGACCAGGGAACCAAAAUGUGCUGGCCGACUGUCUCUCACGUGUCCCUCUGGAGUCAACUUCACUGACUGAAUCUGAACCAGACUUAUAUGUAGAAAUAGCUGAAAUCUCUUCAUUGUUCUCUGCACUGCCUCUCUCUGACUUUAAAGCUGAAUCUGAGGACUGUCCUGAACUUAAACUACUCAGGCAGGUCAGUCAGUCCAAGUGGCCUAAAACUAAAAAGUCUCUCCCCAUUGAAAUACAGCCAUACUUUCUAGUGAGACACGAACUUGCAGUUGACUCCCCACUGGUAUUUCGGGGCACACGUCUGGUUGUCCCUAAGUCACUCAGAGAGCGCAUUGUGCACCUUGCACACGAGGGUCACCAAGGCAUUGUGCGCACCAAGCAACGCCUCAGAGAACUUUACUGGUUUCCAAAUAUGGACUCUUUAGUUUACACUGUCCUCUCCUCAUGCACAGUGUGUCAGUCAUGUGAUAAAACUGCCAAAGCAUCACCUGCCCCUUUGCAGCCAGUAGAGUUCCCCGAAGGCCCCUUUCAACAUGUGGCUGUGGACAUUGUUGGUCCUUUUGAACGUGGGCCACAGGACUGCAGAUUUGCUAUCACUCUAGUAGACUACUUUAGCAAAUGGCCAGAAGUAGCCUUCACCCCAAAUGCAACUACAGCUACUGUCCUUACUUUUCUGUCAGCUGUUUUCUCUCGUGAAGGUAACCCCUGUGCUAUAACAACUGAUAAUGGUCCACAGUUCACUUCUUGUGCUUUUGCAGACUUCCUGAAAGAAAGAGGAAUUAAGCACAUCAAAACAAGUGUGUACCACCCUCAAGCAAAUGGGUGUGUCGAACGAUUCAACAGAGUGCUCAAAGACUGUAUCCAAGGAGCCCAGGCAGUUCAUAAGCCAUGGAAACCAACAGUGACUGCUAUGCUCCAAAACUACAGGGCUACACCCCAUGCUACAACCAAUGAGUCUCCUUUCAAGCUCUUGCGAGGGAGACCUAUGAGAACAAAACUCCACAUACUGCCAUAUCAUGACUGCACAGGACAGUAUGGCCAAGUGAGAUCCAGAGUGGCUCUGCAACAAGAGAAAAGUAAGCGUUACACUGACAAAAAAAGAGGUGCCAGAACUCCCACAUUUGCAGUUGGAGACAAGGUGCGUAUCUGCAAGCCUUUUCUUGUUGGGAAAGGAGAGAGACAGUACACUGACCCUGUGUCCAUUCAACAACAAACUGGACACAGCACCUUCAUCUUGAGUGACGGGAAAAGGUGGAAUGCAACUCGCCUUUCUCUCUCUGCCCAGAGAGAGAGCAGUGGAACCUCAUCAAGCUGGUACUGCUGGACAAGAUACCAGCCAGACCGAGACUGGACCAAAUCGUGCUGCUCCACAAAGAGAGCACAAACCACCCACAUGGACUAA